AUGACAGCGUCAGGCGCAAAAACUGCCGCUGCCGGCCCCCGGCUGAGAAAGCCGGCCGCGGCCAAGCUGGCAGCCGCCGAGCCCGCACACGCCGAUGUCUCUGCGCAGGAAAAGUACCAGCAGUCGACGACUCGGGCGCUUGUGGAUUUGGAGGCCUGGUUGGCGCCGUUGGUGUUGACCGUGGUGUCGUUCGUUUUGCGCAUGUACAGGAUCUCCGUCAACAGCAGCGUCGUGUGGGACGAGGCACAUUUCGGCAAGUUCGGCUCCUACUACUUGAGACACGAGUUCUACCACGACGUCCAUCCGCCCUUGGCCAAGAUGAUGGUGGGGCUUUCCGGCUGGAUCGCGGGCUACAACGGCUCGUGGGACUUCCCCUCGGGCCAGACCUACCCGGACUACAUUGACUACACGAAAAUGAGAUUGUUCCAGGCCACGUUUUCGGCGUUGUGCACGCCCUUGGCCUACUUCACCGCCAAGGAGAUCGGCUUCUCCAUCCCCGCCACGUGGUUGUACACCAUCAUGGUCACGUUCGAGUUGUCCUACGUGACCUUGGGCAAGUUCGUGUUGCUCGACUCGCCGCUCUUGUUCUUCACUGCCUUGACGCUUUUCACCUUCGCGCGCUUCAACAACUUCAACACCCGCAAGUUGGAGUUCACGCGCAAGUGGUGGAAGUGGCUCGUUCUCAACGGCGUGGCCAUCGGCUUGACCUGCUCGGCCAAGAUGGUUGGGCUUUUCGUCACCACCUUGGUGGGCAUUUACACCGUGGUGGACUUGUGGAACAAGUUGGGCGACAAGUCCUUGACCUGGAAGCGGUACACGUGCCACUGGGCCGCGCGCGGCUUUGCCUUGAUUGUCGUGCCCAUGUGUGUGUUUUUGUUGGCGUUCAAGGUGCACUUCGACUUGUUGUACAGGACCGGGACCGGCGACGCCAACAUGUCCUCCUUGUUCCAGGCCAACUUGCUCGGCUCCGACGUGGGCGGCGGGCCCAGAGACGUGACGAUCGGCCACUCCCAGGCCACGCUCAAAAGCCAGGGCUUGACCGGCGGCUUGCUCCACUCGCACGUCCAGACGUUCCCUGAAGGCUCCAAGCAACAGCAAGUCACCACCUACUCGCACAAGGACUCCAACAACAACUGGAUUUUCCAGAGAUCCCGCUCCACAGAGUUCUACAACACCGAGACAAACACGGACAUCGAGUACGUCAAGGACGGUAUGAUGGUGAGAUUGGUGCAUGCGUUGACCGGCAGAAACUUGCACACCCACGAGGUCCAGGCCCCGUUACUGACUUCCGAGUACGAAGUCUCGUGCUAUGGUGACAUGAGCAUUGGCGACCUCAAGGACGACUGGCAGGUCGAAAUCAUGGAGAACCACGGCUCCGAGGACAAGGCCGUGUUGCACCCUUUGAGCACCUCUUUCAGAUUGAAGAACCGUGUGUUGGGCUGCUACUUGGGUGUCACGGGCAACAACUUGCCGCAGUGGGGUUUCAGACAAGGCGAGGUGGCGUGUUUCAAGAACCCAUUUAGGAAGGACAAGAGAACUUGGUGGAACAUCGAGAACAACAAGAACGACAUCUUGCCCAACGCCCCUGAGGACUUCAAGUUGCCCAAGACUAAUUUCUUCAAGGACUUCAUCCAGCUCAACUUGGCCAUGAUGGCGACCAACAACGCCUUGGUUCCUGACGACGAGAAGCAGGACGACUUGGCCUCGCAAUGGUGGCAAUGGCCCACCUUGCACACCGGUAUCAGAAUGUGUUCGUGGGCUGACGACGUCAUCAAGUACUACUUGGUCGGCUCCCCAGCCACGACCUGGACGUCCACGGCCGCUGUGAUCUUGUUCUGCUUCAUCACCUUGUACCACUUGAUCAGAUGGCAGAGACAGAUCGUGGACUUUGACACGCCGGAGUCGCUCAAGGUGUUCCUUAUGGGCGGUAUCUACCCGAUGUUUGGCUGGGGGUUGCACUUCAUGCCUUUUGUCAUCAUGGGCAGAGUCACCUACGUGCACCACUACCUUCCAGCGUUGUACUUCGCCAUGAUUGUGUUCGUAUACAUUGUUGAAUCGUUCACCAGACCAUUGAAGAACUCGCCAAAACAGGCCAACAAGAUCAUCUACGCUGCAAUCUACGCUGCGUUGUAUGCCUUGAUGAUCGGAACGUUUUGGUACUUCAGAUACUUCUCCUGGGGCAUGGAAGGCCCUAAGGAGAACUGGCAGCACUUGAAGCUCUUGGAGUCUUGGAGAGUCUCGGACGAUAACUAUGUCUAG